CCGCCUACUAGCUGAAAAUCUCUGGACUAGCUGAAAUAUCGCAAAACGGUGCCUGUUUCUGCUUGUCCAUUUUUUGAGCUGCACGACAGGCCUGUUUAUCACCAUUCAAAAGCCCACGAGAAGCCUCUCUUGGGCAUACCGCACCCAGACAGCUCCAGUGCCCUCGCCCGCUGUCACAGCGCCCACCCCCUCCUCGCCCAAGCAAAACGCCCCGGAGGACGCCACUGAACGCAACGACAGCUGCCCGCUGCCCGCUAGGCUAAUGCCUGGAAUCCAACCGCUGGUGGUAUAAAGAUACCGCGAGCAUGUCCCACGGCCAGUCUCCACUCUACGAGGACCUGUUCAGCUUCGCCAACUUCGAUGUUCUCCCCGCGUUCCUGGGAGGCAACGGCCACGCCAUCCCAGUCUCCAGCAGCAUGACCGAUGGGCUCACCAACGACGACGGCGCCAUGGCACUGCUCGACAGCGACAUCAUGGACUCUUUUGGCGGCGACUUGCCCAUGAGCUUGGACGCCGCAGUGUCUGUGCUGGACGGCGACAGCGGCGGAAUAGGUAGCGGCAUGAUCUCGCCAGAGGCCGUCCUGAGCGCAGAGAACCAAUUCAAUACGAUUGCCAACGACAUCCCCGGUGCGGGGCCUCUGCCAGCGGCCGCAUUUACUCCAGGAAGCGCAGCGAGCCAGCCCAAUAACAACACUAACUCGCUGACAGAGUUCACCAAGCGGAAGAACUGGCCGGCAAAGGUGGUCGAGGAGCUCAGCGACGUGCUACAGAUCCUCGAUUCCAACGGACGCAUCAAGUUUUCGUCCCCCAGCAUCACGGCAUUGGCGGGGUACACCGUCGAGGAGGUCCAGGACGUUUUUUUGAAGGACUUGAUCCAUCCCGAUGACCAGGGCGUGCUUGUCUCCGAACUCCACGAGUCCAUCGCAACCGGCAACUCUUUGCGCAUAUUCUAUCGAAUGAGGAAGAAGGAUGGCACGUAUGCGAUAUUCGAGGCUGUCGGCCAUGCCCAUAUUGCGGCUGCUGGGUUUGCGCCAAAUCCAAAUAACCAGUCGCCUUUUUGCCAGGCUGUCUUCAUGAUGGCGCGGCUAUAUCCGACCAAGAACGCCACACUUCUGGACUCGUUUUUGGAGCACAAGAUAGAAAACGAGAGGCUGAGGCGCCGCAUCGCCGAGCUGCGGAGAGAGGAAGAGGCAGAGGUGGAGGAAGCGCAAAGGCAGUGGACGCAGAGCCGCGAGGGCCGAUCGGAUAUCACUCCAUCCGAAAGCACUGGCAUGUCGUUGACACCAAUUCCUAGAGUCACCCAGGAGAUGAUGUCAUCAGAAAACGCAGACGGGGCAUUGACGAGGAAAAACCUAGAGGAUGCCACGGCAAGCAGUCGCCAAGACUCAUUGCGUGACAAAAUGGCUCGGAUUGAAGCGUCUUCAGCGGAUACUAUAGCCUUGUUGACUGGCAUAGAGAAUGGAGAGCGUAUGGCCGCCGGUAACCGGAGCCCUACCCUCAUCAAAGGCGAUGCUGGAAUUGCUAUUCCCAUGGAUCGGGAUAAUAGAUCUGGCGAGAAGAAGAAGAAGUUGAAGCUGGCAGAAGAAUAUGUCUGCACUGAUUGCGGCACUCUUGACUCUCCAGAAUGGCGAAAGGGACCCAGCGGGCCAAAGACACUGUGCAACGCCUGCGGGUUGCGGUGGGCGAAGAAGGAAAAGAAGCGCAACAACAGUAUCGGCACCCCAUUAACUAAGCCAUCAGCAACUCCGGCUCCUGGCUAAUGGACUACAUUUGAUAUCUCGACCGGAAAGCGAGAAAAGAGGAGGGAGAGGAAGGACAAUGCAAAAAAAAAAAAAAAAAAAAAAA